UUGGUUGGCUGCUGGACGACUGGGGAAAAUGCGGCGAGGGCGGCUUGGGCGAACUUUAUAUAAGGGUAGUAUGACUUUGAAAUUCCGCCACUGGUUUUGAUUAAUGCGGCCGGGACGGAAUUGCCAUUGUGUCGUUUGUUGCUGUCGUUAGUUUUCUUUUUUUAUUUUUUAUUUUUUUUUAUUUUUUUUUUAUUUUUUUGCAAGUGAGCGAGACGAACAAGCCACAUUGAUUUCGCUAUCGUCGUCGACCGAGUGUUUCCAUUCUCUCAUAGAACAGAUGAUUUCCGCGAUUUAAUCGGAAGUCCUAAUCGACGAUAGGAAGAUACAUAUGUCUUUGAAUCUGAGCAUCAGACCGCCGGACGAUGUUUCCAUCGUUGAUGAACAGGGAUUGUCCGAUAUUUAUAUUUUCGCGGCCGUCGUACUCGCUAUCAUCGGCUUCUUCGGAUUCAUCCUGAAUCUGCUGGUUAUUCUGACAGUUGUCAAAGAAGCCAACGUGCUCUGGACACCCAACAAUGUGAUCCUCGUCAAUAUGGUUGUUGGAGAUUUUUUAGUAGCUGCGCUGGGAAAUCCUGUCGCACUGAUGUCUGCGAUCGCUGGUGCAUGGUAUUGGAACCAUAACGUGUGUCUGUGGUACGCGUGGUUCAUGACUACCAUGGGAUUCGCCAGUAUUGGUAAUUUAACGGUAAUGGCAAUAGAAAGGUUUCUGCUAGUGAAAUGUCCAAUGAAGGUGAUAUCAAUAAGACAUGCUUACGCAUUAACGCUUUUGGUUUGGAUAUAUGCGCUAUCCUUGUCAUUACCGCCUUUUUUCAAUUGGGGCAAAUACGGUCUGGAGGCCGGCAACAUAUCUUGCAGCGUGUCGUGGGAAUUACAUGACACUGAGACGCAUAAUGACACUUACAUCGGAUUUUUAUUUAUUUUUGGAUUUUUUCUUCCUUUGACAAUAAUUAUCGGCAGCUACUAUGGCAUUAUAAGAAGCUUAAAGAAAAUGAGGAAGAGGAUUGGUCAAAAUAACAGACGCGAGAGGAAAAUCACUAUGAUGGUGUAUUUAAUGAUCCUUGCUUUUCUAAUCGCCUGGUUACCCUACGCCGUACUUGCACUCGCCGUUCAGUAUUUCUAUGUACAAACCUCCCACAUCGUGGCGGUGCUGCCUGCCCUUCUCGCGAAAUCCUCCAUCUGUUACAAUCCUAUAAUAUACGCAAGUUUGAAUGUUCAGUUCUGUCGUACCUGGAAAAAAAUUUUUUCUAUCAAUACGAAUUCGAGGAUAGUCAAUAAUACAGGAAUAACCACGAUGAAUAAAAUAGAAAUGAAGAGUUUCAAUCGCACGUUAGCAAAUCAAACGGGAAGAUAA